CGUCAUUUGCUAUUGUGCAGCAGGGUGAGGGCCUAAGCGCGCUGAGGAAGCAUAAGUAGCCGGGCCCAGUACUGAAGAUUGCAGGGGUGUCCAGCUGUGGGACCCCACAAUGAGACACCUGUGGCUAGGGGUGUGUGCCGGAUCGGUGAGGAGAGCGGACUGGGCGGGGCGGCUGCUGCUGAAAGAUCCGGGAAGGGAGACUAGGACUGAAAGGAAGCUCCCUGUACCGUGGUGACCGGGGGAGUGCGGAGAGCCGGGCGGCCGCUCAUGUCUGAUAAUCAGAGCUGGAACUCCUCAGGGUCAGAGGAAGACCUGGAGACCGAGCCCGGGCCGCCGGUGGAGCUCUGCGGGGUCCUGUCUAAGUGGACCAACUACAUACAUGGAUGGCAGGAUCGCUGGGUGAUCUUAAAAAAUAAUACGUUGAGCUACUACAAAUCUGAGGAUGAGACUGAAUAUGGAUGCCGGGGCUCCAUUUGCCUUAGCAAAGCAGUCAUUACGCCCCAUGAAUUUGAUGAAUGCCGCUUCGAUAUCAGCGUUAAUGACAGCGUGUGGUACCUGCGUGCCCAGGACCCAGACCACCGCCAGCGAUGGAUAGAUUCCAUUGAGCAGCACAAGUCUGAAUCUGGCUAUGGAUCGGAAUCUAGCUUACGGAGGCAUGGCUCCAUGGUGUCCCUGGUUUCUGGAGCCAGCGGUUAUUCUGCUACUUCCACAUCAUCAUUUAAGAAAGGACACAGUCUCCGGGAAAAACUUGCUGAAAUGGAGACUUUCCGUGACAUCUUGUGUAGACAGGUUGACACACUGCAAAAGUAUUUUGACGCUUGUGCAGACGCGGUGUGUAAAGAUGAGCUCGAACGGGAUAAAGUUGUUGAAGACGACGAAGAAGACUUUAUGCAGAACCAUGCCGAUGGGGAAUACAUUCACAGCAGUAAUGGCAACAGAGAAAAAUUAUUUCCACAUGUGACACCCAAGGGCAUAAACGGGAUUGACUUUAAAGGCGAAGCCAUCACUUUCAAGGCUACGACAGCCGGUAUUUUGUCCACUCUUUCACAUUGCAUCGACCUUAUGGUUAAGCGGGAGGACAGCUGGCAGAAGAGACUUGAUAAGGAGGUUGAGAAGAGAAGACGAGUAGAAGAAGCUUACAAGAAUGCAAUGACUGAAUUAAAGAAAAAAGCCCACUUUGGAGGACCGGACUACGAAGAGGGACCUAACAGUUUGAUUAAUGAAGACGAAUUCUUUGAUGCAGUUGAAGCAGCUUUGGACCGACAGGACAAAAUUGAGCAGUCUCAGUCAGAAAAGACCAGAUCGCAUUUAUCUUCAUCUUUACCAACCAGUGACACAUUCAUUGGUUUGGAGCAUCACAGAUUUGUUCAGACGGUGGAUGAGAUGGUACAAAACCAUAUGACUUAUUCACUACAGGAUGUGGGUGGUGAUGCCAACUGGCAACUUGUAGUAGAAGAGGGAGAAAUGAAGGUUUAUAGAAGGGAAGUGGAAGAAAAUGGCAUUGUUCUUGACCCCCUGAAGGCCACGCAUUCUGUGAAAGGAGUCACAGGGCAUGAAGUAUGCCAUCACUUCUGGAAUGUUGACGUACGCAACGACUGGGAGACAACUAUUGAAAAUUUCCAUGUUGUUGAGAAACUAUCUCCAAAUUCAAUCAUUGUAUACCAGACGCACAAGAGAGUGUGGCCAGCUUCUCAGCGUGACGUCUUGUAUUUAUCUGCACUCCGUAUGGUACCAGCUGCUAGUGAGAAUGAAACGGACACUUGGAUUGUGUGCAACUUCUCAGUGGACCAUGACGGUGCUCCUCUUAACAAUCGGUGUGUACGUGCCAAAAUCAACAUUGCCAUGAUCUGUCAGACACUGGUUAGUCCACCAGAAGGCAACAAAGAAAUCAGCAGAGACAACAUUCAAUGCAAAAUUACAUAUGUAGCUAAUGUGAACCCUGGAGGGUGGGCUCCCGCCUCUGUACUCCGAGCAGUGGCCAAACGGGAAUACCCAAAGUUUCUUAAAAGGUUUACCACGUAUGUACAAGAGAAGACCUCAGGCAAACAUAUACUUUUCUAAAAAAUCAGUGAAGAGGUAGUAUGAACAUUCCACGCUGGAUCAAGCCUUGAAUUUACACCUUCAAGAAUGGAGUAUGUGAUCUGAAGCCUUUCCUUUUUUUUUUUUUUUUUUUUUUUUUUUUACAUCUGGAGGAAUUAUCCUGAGGAGACUGAACAUCAAACACUAUUGGACUUCUGCAACUAUGGAUUCUGUAUAAAUCAUAGUCACAUACUAAAAAUCAAGGUUAUGUUUUCCUUUUGCUCUUUUGGAUUUGCUUGCUUGCUUUGAAGGGUCACAGGUAUUGAGUACUAUGAAGAUGGAGGCUUUACUUUUCUACAACCAUAAACUGCUUCCCUACCAUAGGCCUGUAACAAUAAUGAAGCCAUAACUAAUUUGUGUCUCCGGGCAUGGCAAGGGUUAAUGCACAGAAAGUUUUCUAGGUUGGUAGAAGCCAGUUGUCAGAAGGGAUGGGUAUCAGGGAGGGGUGGUCUGUUUUUUUUUUUUUUGCUUUCAAAACUUUUUUUAUUUUUUUCCUGAUCUUUUUUGUGCUAGCUUGUGGCUAGCUAUUGUGAUGGUUAUAACUGAGGGCUGUUUUAAGCUUCGGCUUUGCCUUUCCUUCUAUAACUCCAAUGAAGACUUAUGUCUGAUGGAGUUUCAAAAAAUGAUUCUAAGAUAGCUUUAUUUUUUCCAGAAAUCUAUAUAUUUCUAUUUUGUAUUUUUAGUUGUGUUAAUAUCUUGGAGCAAAAAAAAAGUGUGUUCUGUAACCUGAUCCGUAAAUUUCAGUUACUCCUUAACAAGAUGAUGGGAAUCUACUUAACAUAAAUUGGAUCCUCGACAGGCUUCUUCACUUCUUGUUCGGAGUGUGCAGGUCACCAAUUUUUGUGUUUUUUUUGUUUUUGUACUUUUGAUUUUUAACUAGAUGCUGUGUUUUGCUGUAGCUGGUGUGACUUGAACUGUCUUCAAACCUCUCAGUCCUACAGCUCUGAAAGUAUCGAUCAUCUAAACACCAUGGAGGCUGCCAUAUUGGUGGAGGAAUAAGUUGGGGCAUCUUGAUUUUAGGGUUUCCAAUGAACGACUUUGCUCAGACCACAAUGUGCUUGCCUCCAUCAGUGAAUAGGUAAUAGGUACAUUUUAAAUGCUGCACCCUAUAGGCCGGCGGUUGCUUAUCUCAACAACUAAGUCAUUGCUGGCAAGCAGUCGAAUGCCCAGAAAUUUGUUUCAUAUUACAACAUUGUUCUAUGUAAACUGUUCCUGAAUAUUUCAUAUUGUGUGGCAUAUUUUAUCCUACUUUUGUGAACAUUUUCUUUAAUAGAUCCCCAUAGGCUGAUUCAGCUGCAUCCAACACAGCGCUACCCCCUCACCCCUUUACAAGUGCAGUAUUCAUGACCCUAGUCUAGGUACACUGCACCAUUGAAGGGGACAGCUGUGAAUUGUGAACAAGAUCUCAUGUUAGGUUUGUUGAAUGUGACAACCUUUUGUGGGAUUUGGUUAGGGCAGUCUUUGCCAACCAAGGGCGCCUCCAGCUGUUGCAAAACUACAACUCCCAGCAUGCCCGAACAGCCGAAGGCUGUCCGGGCAUGCUGGGAGUUGUAAUUUUGCAACAGCUGGAGGCGCCCUGGUUGGGAAAGACUGGGUUAUUGGCUCAAUACAGAUACGAUGGGGGGUGUUUCCAAAAGGUUAUCAAGAAAGUUUUGUUUGUGUCACAAAGUGAGCUGCUUCCUGAGCCUUGCUGUUGACAGUCUUAAAAAUCACAUUGCCGCCAAGACCGUGGGUGCAUCACAUUUGCACAUUCGAGAUACUCAUUUCAUAAAGAUUCAAAAGAUAUUUUCAAAUUACACAUAGUUUGAAAUCCUUACAAUCAUUCGCUAUAGCCCACAAUCUAUUUGAAUCACUGUCGUCGUCCAUCAUACGUUUACCCUCCCGGUUAUUGUGAGUGUGGAUAGGAAUCCCAGCUGACUUCUCCGUUCCAUUGAUUCAUAUCAGUCUUGUGCAUCUGUUAUAAUAGAUUUACAGCCUAUAUAUUGGUGUCACUUACCGAAUGAUUAACAUUUUUAUAAGCUAGGUUACAAUGAGUAUAUGGAAACAGAUGUAUAUAAUUGGAGUAUUGUGUAAAGACUUUAUAAACAACUACCCGCAGGCUUUUUGUGCCGUGGGGCUCAGUCCCCGGAAGCUCCUUGUGGGAUGGUUUGUUACUUGCUUUUAAUUGUAUACAAUGCACAUAACAAAAAUAUAUAUA